AUGCAGAUUUUGCGGCCUCGUUCCUGCCAGGAGCUCGGGAACUUCAUCGCAAAAUACGACCUAGACGGUGUAGAUUACAACUGGGAAUACCCAGGCUAUCGAUUCGGACAGGGCUACCUGUCCGAGGAGGAGGUGAACGCGGACUACAAAGGCUUGUCCAAGCUUGUGUUCUCAACGCGAGCGAUGUUCGCAAAGUACAAGUGGAAUUCCAAGGUGAUCACCAUGGCAUAUUAUCCGGACGGUCGGCAAGAACAAUUGCUGAAGGAACAUCGUAUUCCAGAGGUGGUGGACCUCUUACACAUGAUGAGCUAUGACCAAGGUGGUGGGCAUCACAGCUCAAUGGACUAUGGGAAGAGAAGUGCCGAUCAAGGGAAGGGCAUCUUGCCACCACUCCAAUUGACAAUGGGGGUGCCUUUCUACGGUCGCCACAGCCGCACUGGCGAAUGGACUACAUACGAAGACUUGGUACAGAAACACUGGCCACUUGAUCCCAAAGUGGAUUCUGUGGCAGCAGCAGGUCAAGGAUCGAUCGGUUUUAACGGCGUGGACACUAUCCGUGAAAAGACGCUCUAUGCCUUGAAGCAAGGUUUGGGUGGUGUCAUGAUUUGGGAAGUGGGACAAGACUGUCGACUGGUCCCUGUCGUGCCUGCCUUGGUCAGUGAAUUCUGA